CGGUGGUACAGUUCUUCACAGGUGGAUACAACAUGACGUCUGUGCUACCGGCUUGGAAGUUAGAACUUAUACAAAAGAAGAAGCUAAAAGAACAAGGUGAACGACAGAAACUCGAAGAUGAAAGAUCAAGAAAAGUGUCCAUUCCGGAGUGGAAAAGAUCUUUGUUAGAAAAAAAGAAGGAAGGCGCUAACGAUUCGCCGGAAACGAAAGAACAAGCUCAAAGUGUCAACAGCGUUUUUGGGCCCAGAAUUAUAAGAAAGACGUCCGAAAAGACCAUAGCAAUUGUGAAUGCCAGCCAAAGGCCUGAUGCCAAAGCCGACGAUGGAAAACUUAGCAAGAAAAAGGUCUUCGAAGACAACCCGACGCAAAAUCAUAGCCCUUUGUAUUCAAGCCCGGCGGACUCGAAUAGUUGUGUUACCAAUGUUGUCGAAAUUCCGACAGAAGAGGAACGAAAACCAAACAAAUGUGGGUCUCUUCAACGAGAGGCCAAAGAUUAUCGCGAAAGUACUCAGCGAGGUGUUGCCUUGUUGAAAGACGAUUCUAAAACGCCUGUCAGCCGAUAUGCUCAAUCAACCGGCCUCAAUUCGUUUAAAACAAAGGUUGACAGCGAACCUGUCAAGACGCCGUCUGUUCUUAGCUAUAAACGAAUGUUUGAACAAUCGAAAGCAGAAAAGAAAGAUAUUAGUGAUCUACGGAUCGUUAAAGGUACAUAUAACAUGAAAGCUGACGUGAGAAGCGACAAAAGGACUGCAGAAGGUAAAUUAUUCGCUGCUAAUGAUGAAUCACAAUUGCAGACUUUAAACAAAGGUACAGAACACAAUGCUCAGUCAAUUCACAUGGAGAAAUCAACAAGCUUGAACGUGCGCAAAACAGUGCCUUCGAUUUCGCCCAAACCACUUAAGAAUUUUGUAUCUACACCCCCUUGGUUAAGGAACAGUUCAUUGAAAAGUGUUCCUUUCCCAGCUGGAAAAAACUCUGUCCAGGAAACAAUGGUGGGUAAUAUAAACAAUGAAGUGGAAAACAUCUCAAAAGAUAUUCACAAGUAUGAUCACAAUAGUUUGGUUAUUAAAACCUCUGAUGUCAUGCAGAAGGAAAAAGAAGAUGUAAAUCCAAGUGGCACGAAAAUACCUGAAAUUACUGCUGAGCCAGUUAGAGAAACACUUGUACAACCAGAUUACAAGGGCAGAGAAUUACCUUCUCUACAAGACCACUCAGUACAGAAUUUUUCAGUAGUCAAGCAGUCUGAUGUUAAAGAGAAACAGAAAGGUGUCAAAUCUGUCAAAGGAAAUGAGAGUCAAAAAUAUGUAGUCAUCACUAGUGGAAACAGACCAGAAUUUGCUCCUUUAAAUGAGAAAUUGCUAAAUGAUGUGAAUAGAGAUGAUGCCUCACAAGUUCCUAAUGGACAGGAGUCACAAAAGGACAGUCAUGAAUCAAGUGAUGAUUAUAAUGCAAGUCAAAGCACUAUUGCUUCUUUGCGGAGCAUGUUUGGACCUUCAGCUGGAUUUCGCAGGCACACAUCUUCUGAAGAGAACCUUGCCCUAAAGGUAAAUCAGCCUGAGCCUACUGAGCAUGGUAGUGUUUUACGCAAGCCUGGCCAAAAUAGAAGAACACAGCCAUCCACAGUCAGGUGGUCAGCAGAUGUUUUAAGUUUGACGUCGCAACCUAUGGAUGAUGAUGAAGAUGAUGAUAACAAGUUGAUGACAUCGCCUCAAAGUGAUUCAAAUAUUCCUUCCUCAACCAAUAGUCAGGCUAAACGACCUCCCCCUCCCACGAAAAGGUGGACUGCAGAUGUAUUAAGUGUGGGGUCCCAAUUGGACGAGAACGAUUUAUCAAAUUUGUCACCAAGAAGUGAUUCUAACAGGACUUUCUCACCAAUUUCUAGUCUUGAAAGAGGAAGGUCUUCAUCCCUGACAGACAUUAGAGAAGAACGAGGAUGUGCUUAUUUCCAACAUAAACCAAAUGUCUCCCAAGGCAUAGAACACCGUAUGCACAAGCUAAUUAAAAAGGCUUCUGUAUCAGAAAUCAAUAUAGACCCUGAUGAAAAUGAGUCUGAUUCAGUUAGUGAUGAUGAGCUCUCAGGUUUGAAUGAUUUAGAUCUCAAGUCCAGUGAAGCACCAAAUGUACAAGGGACAAUAAAUGAUGAAAUCACAGAUCAUACACUUACUGAUUCAAUAAUUAUGAGGAAAGAUUCUCAGCUAGAUUUAUCCUCAACAGAGCAAGAAAUACAACCUGUAUUUGCAAGAAAACGUAGCGUAUCACAUGACAUUGAACAACGAGUAAGUGAGCUGUUUCAUCGUCAGUUGUCACAGCAGUCAGAUCAAGAUGGGGCUGAAACUGAUGACAAGAACAACUUGGAAGAUGAGAGUAACAUUAUCAUUGACCAGGUAGUUGAAAUAGAUCAAAAGUCUGACCCUGAAAAGCUGUUCAAUGAUCCUGCUGCUGUUGAGAAACCAAUGGAUUUUGCCUCACCAUCUUCUGAAGAGGCAAGCAAAGGUGAUUCUGAUCAUGUUGUUCAAGAGAGCAAACCAUCAAAAGGCUCAGUGCAUAAGCUGUCUGCAUUAUUUGGUUCAAGUAUUUGGAAAGGAAAUAAGAAAGACAAAAACGGUGUAGAAGAAAAGGCAAAAAUCAAGCCAAGUGUUGAGGUUAAACGUCAAAAGGUUCCACCAACAGAACAAUCAAGCCAGAAUCAAUUGUUACAGAAGAAGGAAGACAACAAAAAAUCCAAUCUGUUCUCUAAAUCACAGAAAAAGGAGGAAAAAUCAGUGGAAAAGAAGGAGAAAGAUCAGUCUAGUGUUAACCGGUUUCCUUGGCUAAAAAAAUUUAGCAAAAGUGAACAGCAAUAUGAAGGAAGUAAAAUAACAGAUGUUCCAGGAAAGAAACAAAAGAACAAUGUUUCAAGUUCUACUGACACUACAUCCAUUACUGGACAUAAAUUGGGUCCAGUACAAAAGGCUGGAGAAUUGGAAGAGGAAAUAGCUAGCAGUAAACAGGAAGGGGCGGAAGAGAAGAGUGGAGAAAAUAAAAUCAUCAGGGUUAAGAGCAAAAAUAGGAAUAAUGGUUUUAUUCCUACCACAGAAGGUGUUGAUACUGUGCUUGGUGCAGCUCAUAGUUUGCGACCAGUGCGGAAGUCUGGAAAAGUUGAACAGACACUUGUUGGCAAACUUAAAAUAAUAAGCAAUGCCAGUUAUGAGCAAGCACCGCCUAAGGGUGUUUACCACAAACCAAAGUCAAGUGUCCAGCCUCCGCAAGAGGAGAAAAAGAAAUUGCCUGCAGAGGUUCCAGCUAAUUCCAAAGAGGCUAGUUCUAGAAAGAGUGAAACUCACAUCCCAGUAGUUGUAACACAGCACUGGAAUGGACACCAGGAGAGUCCAGAAUCUGAGGAAAGCAUGAAUGAGGCAGUUCCUGUUUCAUCAAUUGAUGAGGUGCCUGUUUCGGCAAUAGAUAUUCCAGAGUCUGGUGAAAGUGAUGUCAUAGUAUCUGUGAUUGAUGUUCCAUCAUCUCCAGAUGUCCACAAUACUGAGAAGUUCCUCAAUGGCAGCAAUGACAAGGCAGUUCAUGUUUCCGAUGACAUCAGUGUCUCAGUGAUUGAUUUGCCGUCACCUGUAGCCAAAGAAGAUGAACCAAAUACCUUCCAGGGAGGUUACCUUGAGGCAGAUGAGUUUUCAGAUGAAAGUGACACAGAUGAAGUGGAAGGAAGCUAUGACUUUGCUACUGGAGAAGUCACACAUUUAGUUAACGGUAACAUUGGCUCAGAUGAUGAUGAUGAUGAUGAUGAGGAGGAGGAGGAUGACGACGAGGAUGAGGAUGUACCUAUAUCAUAUAUUGGAUCAGCACCACAAUACCGGGUUCCGCAAGUGGUGUUUGAUUCAGAACCUGUUGAGUUGAAGUCUUGUUUGAGUCCAAAGACUGCAAGAAGAAAGGUAAGAUCUCACAGUAAUCAUUUUUUGUGUUUUGUUGGGUCCUUAACACUGGUCUUAAGCCAUAAUCAUCUAAGAGCAUGUAUAGAUGGAAAUAGUGUCACCUUCGACUGGUAAAAGGCAUCAUUUCUGCUUUAAGCCUUUUAAAAUAGCAUGAAGUCUCUGCUCAUUGUUUCUUAAAAAUCCUAUUUUCUAGUUUUUACUAUUAUUGUCUUUGCAGAGACACCAUAAAAAUCCUGGUUACAAGCCCAUCCAUCCCCCUGCUAAUAGGCCUGUCAAUAUGUACCUAUAAUAUAAAUGAAUACACAAAGAGGGUUGUUUCACUUAUCCUAGAAGUGCUCUAUGCAUACACAUGCACAGCUAAAUACAGCAUUAAGUAAAGAUUGGACUGAAAGGUGCUGUACAGACAAAUUUUUCUGAGAGACAUUUUAGGCAGUUUCAGACAAGCAUCACCUUUCAAAAGUAAUUGCAUUCUUGACCAUCCCUUUUUAUGUGUUUCAGGUGAAAGGAGGAAAAAUUUCUUUCAAGAAUUCUCCCAUGGUACAUGACUAUCCAUCAGAGGAAGCAGCCAAGGCCAUUUUUGAUGAGCUUGAGGACAACAAUAAUGGGAAGUUAAAAACCCUGCAGAAUUACCAACCAGCAGCACUGGUCAAUAAUGGGCAGUUAAAAACCCUGCAGAAUUACCAACCAGCAGCACUGGUCAAUAAUGGGCAGUUAAAAACCCUGCAGAAUUACCAACCAGCAGCACUGGUCAAUAUGGAAAAGAAGUUGGUCUAUACAGUCCAGGGAAGCACACAAUCUGUCAGCAAUAGUGAGGAAAAAGUGCAUGACACCUUUAACAACAAAAGUGAUCCAGAAAUCAAAUACGCAGACGACGGACAGGGUUUUACAGAUUCUACUGAUUAUGCAAGUGCACUACUGUUUUAACACAUAAAUUCCUGAUCAUCAACAUCCAAAUUCUCUACUGUUCUCCAUACAUUUCUUGUGGUACUGGUGAGGAGAAUUUGUCUCAGAAUCAAGGUGACAUUUUUAUCUCUGACUGGUGAUCGUGUCCCUUUGCAAGGAGUACUUUAAAGUUUGAGCUUUAAGAGUUUAAGUGUUUUGUUUCCUUCCGGUCUUCCUUCUUGCUCUUCUGAUGUUUUUAUUUUACAGUCAAUUUGGUGAUGAUUUGCUUUGACAGUUUUUUUUUUUCAAACUUGCCAGAGACUUGCAUUUCAGACUUGCUUUUCUUCUCAAAGAACAGAAGGGCUACAACAGUAGGAAAUGAUGAUCUGCUUGUGGACUGUGCAUGUAAUAGCCGCUCUUUGCUGUAAAAAGUAAUUGACUCUCAAACACUAUCUACUAAAACAGGGUUUAUUGUAGAAAUAUUUCAAAAGAAGUGGUUCAGAAUUGUUCAAAUACUUUGGGCCCUCUUCCUUCCCUCUACAAUUUUUUUGUUCAAAUUGAGGCCCACAUUAGCUGAUUUCUAGAAUAAACCUUGUAAAAUAUGUCACGUGUUGGACUUAAGAUUGAAAUUAUUUCAAAAUAUUUAUGAACGAUGGAUAAAACCAGGGUUUUUGAUGGCAAGUCAACCUUUUUUGUUACCUCUUGAAAGCACUGGUGUGUAAACUCUGGUGGGGGUGGUCAGGAAAGGCUUACCACACUACAACUGCCUUGUGAUUUCAACGUAAAAAUUUAUAUCUUGAUACAAAUACCCAUA